CAUAAGACCUAGUCGACUCACCGUAUGUCGCUGCUGCUCCGGCUCAACGGUCGACCUUUCCGACGAAGCGAAUGUGUGCCACGUAGCUGCUCAUCGAUGGAUGAAAGAUGAACCACCAACGGUUCAGACAGAAAAGCGAAACCAUUAUGGAUGCCAAUUCGUAGCCUUCGUUCGAUUACUUGCAUCGGUUCGAUCCUUACUGCGGGAGCAUGAUUUUCACGAUACAAACGAUCAGUGUUGAUAUCGUCCAGAAUCAAUUUCUCAAUCCGUUCCGCAUGAGGUCCGAACGAAAGCGAAAUCUCGUCCAACGUCGAGGUUACUUGCGACAUUGGAGUUGGAUCGGCUAGCUGAGGUCCUUGAAAGUGGGGAUUUUAUAAACACAGGCAAUGAAGGUUUCUAUACAUCGCCAUAA